GAUUGGCACGGGGGCGGGCGCGGGGCAGCUGGAUCGGCGGGGGCGCAGCGGGACCGGCGACGGCGGCGGCAGUGGCAGGAUGCGUACGGGUGGCGGGGCGGCGCAGGGGGCGCUGGUGCUGGCGGUGGCGCUGCUCCGCCGCUGCUUUCUGCUGGGCCCGCUGGGGCUGCGCCCGGCCGGCGGACAGGACGGGGAUGGAUGUGGCCACACGCUGCUGACACCCCACAGUGGCACUCUCAGCUCCAGGAACUACCCUGGCACGUACCCCAACCACACUGCCUGCCGCUGGCAGCUGCGGACACCCCCGGGCACCUCUCUGCUCCUGGCCUUCGGGGACGUGGAUCUGGAGUCCUCCGAGCACUGUGCCCGUAGCUUCCUUCUGCUUGCCGACCCCCAGGCUGGCACUGCCUAUGGGCCCUACUGCAGGAAUGCUGGCCCUGCCAGCCCGCUCCUGGUGACAAACUCCAGCUCUGUGACCGUCCUGUUCAACAGCUCCAGCCACCGCUCGGGACGAGGCCUCCUCCUGUCCUACGCCACCUCACAGCACCCUGACCUGGUCUCCUGCCUGGUUCGAGGCACUCACUAUAGUCAGGAGCACAUCAGCGUGUACUGCCCCGCGGGCUGCAAGGGCAUCGAUGGGGACAUCUGGGGAAACCCAAGCCAGGGUUACCGUGACACCUCGGUGCUGUGUAAGGCAGCUGUGCACGCUGGGGUGAUCGCGGACGAACUGGGGGGCCAGGUCACCCUGUCCCGGGAGAAGGGCAUCACGCUCUACGAGUCGGCCUUCGCCAACGGGCUCCGCUCCAAAAGGGGAUCCCUCUCUGAGAAGCGGCUCCUGUUCCACAGAGCCUGUGGUGACAUGCUGGAGGUAGCUGCCUUCAAUGCUUCAUCGUGGUGGCAUGAGGUGGAUGUGCUGGGCCAGGACCGAGCCUGGGUGGCUGAGCGGGCAGCGCUGGGCACCUCCGGCCACUCCUGGGCAGCUGAACCCAGCUCUGAGGUCACCUGGCUGGAGCUAGACCUAGGCACCCGCAAGAACAUCACAGGCAUCAUCACCAAGGGCUCCACUGAGCACCACAACUACUACGUGAGGUCCUACCGAGUGUCUUCCAGCCGUGAUGGGAGGAACUGGAAACCCUACAGAGGCAGCCGUGCCCAGGAGGACAAGGUGUUUGAAGGAAACUCUGACAGCCAUGGGGAAGUCUUCAACGCCUUCAUCCCCCCUAUUGCUGCCCGCUACAUUCGAGUCACACCCCAGAGCUGGCACCAGCAUGUGGCCUUGAAGGUGGCCCUGCUGGGCUGCCAGCUGACACGGGUCCGUGCACCCCGGCCCUAUGUGCCCAGUGUCCCCGAGGAAGUUCCUGUCCUCAUCAGCCACACACCCAUCCCUGGCAUUGCCCUGGACCCAGAGAAGACAGACUCCACACUGAUGGUCAUGCUGCUCAUUGGUGGCUUUGUGCUCCUCUGCUCCAGCCUCCUGCUGCUGGCUUUCCUCUGUUACAGGAAGAGGAAGCCGGGGGCAGAGCUGAACUGUGGGAUCAUGAAAGGGUACCCCGAAGUGGAGUUGAGCCAGGUGUGCUCCCUGCAGAGCCUGCAGCCCUCUGGCUCUGUGCUCACCUCCUUCCCCACACCACCUACUCUAAGGGACCUCAGCCAGACCCAUUCACCAGAGUACGCCGAGCCAGACUUGUUGCAGGCGAGCCCCAGCAGCCAGCCGGGCCCUUCCACGUUCAAGCCCUUCCCGGACGAGGGCUACACGCUGCCGCUGGUCGUGAGCCACUACGACAUACCGGGAAAGUACCACGAGUAUGCCGAGCCGCUGCCGCCUGAGCCCGAAUACGCCACGCCGUUCUGCGAGCCUGAGCCCGCCGGUACCCACCGCAGCCCCUGCACGGCCAGGCUGCCCGGCUGCCCCGCGCUGCGGUACGAUGCGCCCACCCUGCGGCCUGCCGAGCAGCCCAGUGGGGCCCGGACUGCCAGCCCCGGCGGCGUCGAUGCUCCCUCUGCAGAAGGCUCGCCGGGGGACUGUCCUCUCUCACACGUUUAUCAUGAAGCUUUGUGACGGCUGGAGGAGCGGAGCGGAGCGGCGCGUCACGGCGCGCGGGGGCCCGGCGACGGUGGCCCCGGCGGUGCCAUGCUCAAGGUGUGGGGCCUGGGGAGCUUUUCUAAGAAAGCCUCUAACGAAAUACAGAUUCUAACAGCA